CGUCAGUUUGUCUCGCACCGGUAAAGCCUUCCGACGUCGACAAUACCGACGAAGAAAUACCGUUGAAAAGUACCAUUAAAGCUUUAAUAACAACAACAACAACAAUACUAGUACUAAUACCGAUUUGAUAGUUUUUUUUUGCGUGAUUCUUUUUAUUAAACUUUAACCAAUGAGUGACAUUUGGUCAGAGGACUGGUGGAUUUAUAGUAAUACUGACCUGUUGAUGUGAUACUUUUUGUUGUUCUACUUUAUUCGCGGUCAUAUGUGCUGCUUAAAACGAACACUUGGAACCAUAUUAUUUUUUGGUCAGUAAGCAUGAUCCUCGGACAUUGCCUUCUUCCUUUACUUGUCACUUCGAUAUUCUUUACUCUAACCAAUGGGCAUGGUAGAUUGAUAGAACCCCCAAGUAGAGCGUCUGCCUGGAGAUAUGGCUUCAAUACGCCUCACAACUACAACGACCAUGAAUUGUUUUGUGGAGGAUUCACUAGACAAUGGGUAAAAAAUGAAGGAAAAUGUGGAGUGUGUGGAGACCCGUGGGAUGCAAAGCUUCCACGUGCCCAUGAAUUUGGCGGAACAUACGGUAAAGGCAUCAUCGUGCGAAAAUAUCAACCGAAUGGUAUAAUUACGAUAAGAGUGGAGAUCACAGCCAGUCAUUGGGGUUACUUCGAAUUUUCGAUUUGUCCCAACUACAAGAACCCAACGCAGGAGUGCUUGAACCAAAACAUUCUGAAGAUACUGAAACCGCAGGAUAAUGUCGAACACAACGGAUUCAGAUAUUUCCCUAAAGAUGGAAAUAAAGUCUAUGAAAUGAAGUACAAGUUGCCAAAGAAGUCGUGUGAACACUGCAUAUUGCAGUGGAGGUAUAUUGCAGGAAAUAAUUGGGGUCUUUGUCCCAACAACACCGGAGCCGUGGGAUGCGGUCCGCAGGAAGAAUUCCGUGCCUGCGCCGACAUCACGAUAUCGGGUAAAGCGGACGACGACGUUUUGGUACCAGAAAUCGAAGAACCACCUACCACGCCUUCGCUGCCAUCCAGUACCAUCUUGGUACCAGCACUGCCAACACCAGAAGAAUCGUAUAACCCAAUAGCGGCUUUACUUAUUUCAUUUGUUUCUUUUUUAGUAGCAUUUUCGAUAUUGUUCCUUCUCUAUUUUCAUUUCUAUCAUUUUGGUAGCCACGUCAAGGGAUGGAUUAAGGGAUCCAAGGAUAAGGUGGGGUUGGGGAUGCCGCCUCAGCCACCGCCGAGGACAAGGAGGCGAAGCCCCUCGAGGCGGAUCAGUGCUGAUGGAAUGCACGAGGUUGAUUUGAGAACUGAAAGUUUGGCAUAAAAGGAUAUAAAACAUUCAAUAAUUUUUUUUGGUAUAUUUUGUUGAAAACAAUGAUUUGGCUCGGUAUAUAAAGAAUGGUUUCUUAUUGAAUAAAAAAUCCCCAGCGAUUUAACAAUGAAGAAGUUCCCACUACUAAGUGAGCAAUUUUAAAGUAACAAAAUGUAUGUCUGAUCGAAUUUAGUGCAUCUAAAACACCAUAUGAAUCACUUUUACAGUACCAUCUUCCUCAUAUAGGUAUACAGACAAAUGUGUAAGCUAUACAAUUGUUCUUACUAUUUGGUCAGGAAAUUAAAUAGUUUUGGAGCUUACAUCAGAUCGCUUCUGUAUUUAAAGAUCAUACUUCUUCUGUUUUAGAGCUAUUUAGUCUUCACCAACGAGAGUAUUUAACCAGAAUUAUUACCUUUUUGUAAAAUAUCUCGUAUUCUUUUAAAUCUUUCAUUUUAUUUUUAUUAUUUACAAGAUUAUUUGAAACAUUAAAAUUUUAAAAUACUUUUUUACGACCUGAACACAAUAUAAAAAAAACAACGUAGGUAUAUGACAAAUUCAAAAACCUAUUAGAUUGUUUUUGUUAAAAUAUACCUGUCAUUGGAACACAAAUAAUUACGUCACAACAAUACAGCAUAUUAUCAAAAGUUAAAUUAUACUAAUUACAAAGGAACAAAGAAAAGCAAAGCGCUUUCUAAUAAUAAAAUGAAAUAACCCAAUGUAUAAAGUAAAUGGGGUAUUUUUUGUUCGCUGUGAAACUAUUUUUACGAAUCACGUUUAGAGUACAUUUGAAUAAUAUUUAUUCAAAUAUGCAUUUCAGUUUAAUUAGUGUCUUUUAUUAUUGUGUAAUUGACAAUUAAUUAUUAGCUACCUAUACUAUUUAAUAAUUUUUUUAUGUACAGACUUUUUUUAAAAUUAUAUCUUAUAAACUAUUAGCCAGAAUAA